UUGAAAGGAAUCAGGUUCACAAAAACAAGAUACUGCCAUGAAGAAGUGUUACGAAAAACUUACCAAAAUGGUAUUCAAUACAAUGCACUCACCUGAUUCCGAUAAACAGAUGGAUCAGUUAAUUCAGAAACUUGGUGAGAACAGAGAGUGGGAAGCAAAGGGAGAUCGUUUUGGGAGAACUGUUGUCCAUAUGGCUGUGGAGUGUGGAAAUACCACUCUUAUGCGGGCACUACUGGCAGUUGGAACCAACCCUAAUGUAAAGGAGGGCUGUAGGGCUACCCCUUUGUCACUAGCAGUCCUUGGGAAGUCUACAGAGAUGUGCAGACUAUUGGUGGAGAAACAUGCUUUGAAACGCGGAGUGUUUUUUGGAGGUAUGAUCACACCAUAUGACAUUGCCAAGGCAAUGGAACUGAAGGACAUUCUUGAAUUAUUUGAUGGUGUGCUGUCAGUGGAGCAGAGUGAAUACUCGUUACUCUCUGGGUUGGCAGGAAGCAAGGAUGGAGCGAAGGAAAUGAAUGUCAGCUGUGAAGAUGAAGAAGAUGGCACAUCAUUCACCUACAACUGUACCCAAUUCAAGGGAUUCCCUAUUUCCGUUGUGGGUGAUCAAGGAACCUGCAAGAAUAAUCGCAAUGUAAAGCAGAAAGACCAGUCUGCAUUUGGAUGGGUUGCAGAGAUACCUGGCGGCCUUCAUGCAAAGGGCCAUCUGUGUGAAGCUGCCUUAAGUCACAUGAAAAGGGUGGAUUUCACCACGUUGUUUUGAAUGUCAUGAAGCGUAAGAAGCUUACCACAGAAGCAUUCAGGGCGAAGAAAUUUCAGAAGCAAAAUCUAGCUCACAUAAAAGAGGCCGUUAGGGACUGCUCUAUUUCUUAUGGGUUGGCAGCUGUUGAAGCAUUCCGCUGCUCUGAAUAUUUUCCAGAUGAAGAAACCCUACAGGAAUGCCUGAAAAACAACGAAAAUCACAACUCUGCUUUGAUGACGGGAUUCAAGGCUUUCUUGCAAGACAGUACCAAGAAAGAUGCAACAUUUGGUUACAACAGUGAACUGUUCACACUCUAUGGGCCACUUCUCCAAAUGUUUAACGAAGCCACAAGGAAUGGUAAUGGGCAUGCACGUGAGACAGUAUGGACAGUGCUCUUACCAAUGUUUGCUCAGCUACAGUUUAGAAAUUAUUGGACAAAAGCAUUUGUACAUGUGGUCCAGUUUUCGGCCUUGUGGCCACUUGCCUUCAGAGAGAUGAUCAAGCUAAACUGCUCUGUCAACAUAUCGGGAAAAGCAGGGCACAACAUUGAUCUUGACGAGUUUGUGGAAACCUACAUUGUGCAACCCCUGAAGCAGUAUGCAUCAGGUCAUACCACAGUAAGGACUUGUCAAAGAAUAAUGGCAAAUGUUGUACUGAUUGGCAGUGUGCGGCAGUCGUAUGCAGGGAAAAGUGCAUUUGAUGUACAUCCUACCAAACGACAUUCUGAACAAGACCCAUUCCCUGAUCAGUUAAAGGGAAUGUGGUUUGUUUAUAGAGAGGGCUUCUUUGAUGUCAAGGGUAGGACUGAAGUAAUUCAGUUUGGUGUAAAUGAUGUUCCAAAGUCAGUCCCUAAAGGGUACAUUGGAGUCUACAACAAGGGGACCGAUAAAGUGAAGGACAAUUUUAAUAGGAAGAUUCAUGAAUGCUUCCCAGGAGUUAGGAAGUUCUCCUUUCAGCAGUUGGUAGAGGAUGCUGAACCAGAAAGUUGAAAUCAUGUUUAAAAUACAGUCUUUAGCCCAAAACAAUGCGGGAUAACAAGAAGUGAAUAUAUAAAUAUUUUAUUUUGAUAUGUAGUGGUACAAUGAUACCACGGAUUUCAAGUCUAUUUCUACAAUACUAUCCUGGAAUUUGGUUAUUUGUGAGUCAUCAAUAGGGUGGAUUUUAAUAGCUAUAAAUACAGUUGUAGAUGUGUUCAUGUUAUUAUUUUUGCUUGAUUGAUGUAAAGGGAUAUACUACUGUAUAACUAUAUAGCUAUUCUACAUGCCCAGAGCACAUGGCAAAACAUUAUAUACUUUGGUGGAUACUAA